UUUUGACAUGUUGUGGAAGGGUAAGUCUACUGUGGUUAUGCGAAGUGCUUGGGAAGUGAUAAAUUGGCCGAAGUCAGGUGGAUUUAAUUGGUAGAGGCAGGAAAAUGAGUGUUCUGCUGCUAAAUACACGUCGACAUGCAAUUAGCUCCCUAGGCUCAGCAUAUCAAUCAUUACGUUCCUUAAAAAGCGUUAGCGAUCGACAUUUCAUACACACAAGUGCCAUACGGUCAACCUUCUGGGAAAAAGAGAAAAAAUCUGGUUAUAAAACAGAGGUGACACUGCCAUCUCGGAAGCAGCUGAUAGUUGAUGGAUUUCGUGAGCUGCGGGAAGAAGUACAGCUAUGGAAAGAAGAAAUGAAAGAGAAAUUCGAGAGUGAUCCCAUACUUGUAUAUCGGCCAGGCGAGAUAGAUGUAGUGUUCGAUUUCAAAGACGAAACUGCGCUGGACAAAUGGGUUGUAACAACGGAUGCCGAUCAUCGGGAAGGUAAAAGUAUGGCGAAGCUGGAAUUAAGUGCAGCUGGAGCUGGGCUUUUCCAUGGUGAUGUCAAUUCGGAGCACGUUAAGGAUGGUAUAGUGAAACGAACUGGCUACGCGAAUAUACGGACAAAACGAGUGCGGCGCUCUUUUAAACGUGAGUCAACAUACGACUGGACACAGUAUAAUACCUUAGUCAUGAAAGUACGUGGAGAUGGCCGUAACUACCUAAUUAAUCUUCAUACUGAAGGAUACUUCGACCUGCAAUGGAAUGAUGUAUAUCAUUUUGUACUAUUUACUCGCGGUGGCCCACAUUGGCAAAUCGUGAAGAUUCCUUUUUCAAAGUUCUUCCUAUCUUCAAAAGGUCGCAUUCAGGACAAGCAAGGUCCGAUUCGUUUAGAUCGUGUCACGCACUUUGGGCUCUCGGUAGGAGCGAAAAACAACAUGGAUGGUCCCUUCAAAUUAGAAAUGGAAUAUAUUGGGUUAGAAUUCGACCCGAAUCGUCGUGAAGAAUUUGCCUAUGAAAUGUACAAAACCGAUAAAUACAUCGUUGCGACUUAAGGAGAUAAGAGUGUUUAAUAUUAGGAAGCAUAUAAAAUGUUACUAUCUAAUUUAUAUAGAAAAAUUUAAUUUACGAGUUAACUUGGUUAUUCGAGGUAGCCACUUUAAUGAAAUAUAUGUAUUUUAUUAAAAACUUG